GAUGCCGCGACGAGCUCCGACGUUUCACUCGUCGGCGGCAACUACCUCGUUGGAACUCCGGCGAUUCUCAAGCUGAAGCACUAUUUACCCUUCUUCUCUUUUUUCAUAGUUUUUCGGCCUGAAGUUAACAAAAAAGAGGAAAGAACAUGAGCCAACGCGAAGCUUCUGCUCUCCUCUCCAAACUGCUGAAACUACCACCGCUCAAAGCUCUCUCACUCUUCGAAUCAUCUAUCCAACAAGGACUCCAACACACUCACCAAUCUGUAUCUGCACUCGUUUCCCAUCUUCUUUCCUUCGACAGCCUCGCCCAGACUCAAUCUCUCAUCCAACAAUUGCUCGCCGGCAAAAUUACCUCCCCACAUUUCACAGUUUCUUCUCUUCUUCACUAUUUGAUCGCCCAAACUCGCUUCCAUUCUGAUGCUCUGUGCGAGACAAUCAUCAAUGCUCAUGUGCGGGCUCAGUUACCGGAUCAAGCCAUUUUCUUUUUCAACCAUAUGAAGGUACCCAAUUCAAGCACUCUGAAUAGUCUUCUUGAUUUUCUUGUAAAGAAUGGCAAUUUUGCGAAAGCUUUGAGGGUUUUUGAGGAGUCAAAGAGAAAAGGCUUGGGCUUGGAUGUGUAUAGUUUUGGGAUAGUGAUUAAGGGUUGCUGUGAGAAUGGAGACUUGAAGAGGGGUUUUGAGUUUUUGGGACAGUUGGAAGAUAUGGGUUGGUGUCCAAAUGUUGUUAUAUAUACCACUUUGAUAGAUGGGUGUUGUAAGAAUGGUGAUAUUCAAAAGGCAAAGGAGUUGUUUCAUAGAAUGUCAGAGUUGGGGCUUGUUCCUAAUCAGUUCACUUACACAGUUUUGAUCAAUGGGUUUUUUAAGAAUGGGCUUGAAAGAGAUGGUUUUGAGCUUUAUGAGAGGAUGAAAAUUGAUGGUGCAUACCCUGAUACACAUACUUACAGCUCUAUGAUCAAUGUGCAUUGCAGUGAGUGUCAAAUAGACACCGCUUUUCGAUUGUUUGACGAAAUGCGUGAUAGAGGGGUUGUAUGCAAUGUUGUGACUUAUAACACUUUAAUUAGAGGGUUAUGUCGGCAGACAAGAAUGUCGGAUGCAGAGAAAUUGGUUGGUCGGAUGAAGAGUGAUGGGCUUACUCCUAAUCUGAUUACUUAUAACAUUCUGAUCGAUGGGUAUAGCAAAGCUGGGAAAAUCGAGAAAGCAUUUAGCUUGUUCAAUCAGUUGAAGUCUUGCGGUUUAACUCCAUCGUUAAUUACUUACAAUGCUCUAAUCGCAGGUUUCUCUAAAGCUGAAAAUCCACUGAGAGUUCUUGAUUUAGUUCGUGAGAUGGAGGAGAGAGGCAUUUCUCCUUCGAAAGUGACAUACACAAUUCUGAUUCAUGCUUUUGCUCGAUCUAAUAACAUGGAGAAAGCACUCGAAGUGCUCUCUUGCAUGGAUAAAGCGGGUUUAGUGGCAGAUAUGCACACGUAUGGUGUAUUGAUACACGGUUGGUGCAGUCAAGGCAAUAUGAAGGAAGCCUCAAAGCUAUUUAGAUCACUACAGCUGGAAGCCAAUAGUGUUAUAUACAAUACGAUGAUCUAUGGGUACUGCAAAGAGGGUAGCUCCUACCGAGCUUUGAGGUUGCUCAAAGAGAUGGUUGAGAAUGGAAUGGUUCCAAACGUUGCUAGCUAUCAUUUGACAAUAGAGGUGCUCUGCAAUGAUGGGAAGUGGAAUGAUGCUGAAGUUGUUACAAAUAGCAUGAUAAAGUCUGGUUUAAAGCCCACCACUUCUCUAAAUGAAAUGAUUAUUAAGGCCAGAAGCAUUAAUAUGGAAGAAUGCUUUUGAAGGAAUUUAUGUAAUACGAGCGAGGCAUGGGGCUAUGUCAAGGAACUUGAGUUGAAAAGUGGAAACUCAUUUGCUGGCACAUCAUUCACAACUGCCUUAAAAGGGAGUGGUUGCAACGCCAGUGGUUCCUGCAAUUCGAGCGCUGGUUACUUUCACAAAGUUUGAAGAAUGGCAGCUAUUGGAUGAGUUUUCAACUCCUCCAUCAUGCCCUACUUCUGCUGGCAUGGAAAGUCCAAUGCUGCUGGCAUGGAAAGUCCUUGUUCGUCUACCGGGAGUUCGAGCUGCAAGAUAGAAAAUAAUCAAGUUCUCUUUGCAAUCCCUUCAAAUUACACAGGAUCACAGCAGAAGCAAAGAAAAAGAAGCUGUAGGAGGAAAAGUUGAAGAAAGGGAAGAACAGGGAGAGAAGGUUGGUUCUCCUCCCUACCAUGUUCUUUAGUCAAAUUGCUGCAUCUUUUCUUAGCAACAUAACUAUGGUAAAUUAUUGGGUGUAUAAUUCAUCCAAAUGUUUGAAGUUAAUACUUUUUGUUAGAUCACGAGGUGUUUUGAGUAGGUCUGAACUAUAGAAGGUACCUUUAAGCUUGUACCAUAUUCAGACUAAUCCAUGUUCUCACCAAGCCGGCCCAAUUAAGAGACAAAGUGCUGGCCAUAUUGGUUUUCCAUACGAGAGGGGUUUUGAACUCCCGACUUCUUUAAGGGAUGAGGGGGUUUUGAAAUUUGAUAUUUAACGGCUAUUCUUUAAGGGAUGAGGGGGUUUUGAAAUUUGAUA